AUGGUUGGAACUCCAGUAUUUCUUAAUGUAUACGACAUGUAUUGGUUAAAUGAUUAUGCUUUUGGGUUAGGCGUUGGUGUUUUUCAUAGUGGAAUUGAAGUUCAUAAUAUUGAAUAUUCCUAUGGAGGCCAUCCCUUCCCCCUGUCCGGAAUAUUUGAAAAUUCUCCAAAAGAUCCAGACGAACUUGGAGACAAUUUUAAAUUCAGAGAAAGUAUUCAUCUAGGAGAAACAGAUUUUUCUCCCGAAGACGUUCAGAAAAUUAUUCGACAAAUGGGGAAUGAAUAUCAAGGGGACAAAUACCAUUUGAUUUCGAAGAAUUGUAAUCACUUUAGUAAUCAGCUUAGCAAAACACUUACCGGAAAAGAAUUACCUUCAUGGAUCAACAGAUUAGCAAAUAUUUCAGGUUCAUUCCCCUUUAUCGAGCGCUGGAUACCUGCGGAGUGGCUAACCCCAAUAGCUUUACAACAAAAAUUAAAUACUAGUCGAAAUGGGAGUUUGUCAACUUCUACUGCAAAUAAUUCAACUAACCCUCCUCCUCAACGUGUAGUUUCUCAAACCACAAUUAAUACUACGAGAUUGAGGACUAAUAGUGAAGAUGCUAAUGGUGGGGGCGAGAAACUUUCUAAUACAAAAUCUACUACUACACAAGCAUCAAGAUGGGGUUGGUUUCAGCGCAAAAAUCCAACAGAAAAUAAUAACAAUACUUCUUCCGCCCCUGUUACAGCAAGACAAACAAAUAAUUUGAAUAAUCAACAAGCUGGACUUUCGCGUUUUUGGGGUUCAUUAAAAUCGAAAGAAAAUGGAACUUCUUCCUCCACUCAAUCAAAUACCCAACAAGACUGAAUGAAUAAUAAAAAAAUUUUCCAAAAUUUUCGGUAUGACUCGUAAUGCCAAAAACGCCGAAAUACCAAACUGCCUCUUAAUGGAGAGGGUUUGGAGGUUUUUCUGAUACCUCGGAGUCCGAACAGCCCCAUAACCGGCGGCUUAUAGAGGAUGGUUUUUUUUUAUAGUUCGGCGUCUUUUUUCUCCCCUGUUUAGCAUUUCGACGAUUUUUCAGUUUGUUUGGUAUUUCGGCGUUUUUUUCCGAGACUUCCCCUUC